AUGUCGAAAAAAUUUAAAGAAAAUGGAUUUGAAGAAUUAGAUAUCCUUUUUGACAUACAAAAAGAAUAAUUACAAUCAAUGGAAAUACCAUUAGGUCACUAAAUUAGAUUAAUAAAGAAAAUUAGAGAGCUUAAAUAAUCAGUAGAAGUGAAUUAAGUUGUCAUAUAAAAUGAACUUAAAUAUGAUUAAUUAGAAGAACCAUCUAUUGACUUGAGUUUCACUAAAUUUAUGCAAAAAUCAAGCCUUAGAAAUGAAGAUCAAAAUAUUGUUAAAAAAGUAACUUUUCAAUAAAACAACAACUAAGAAGAGGAUUAACAAAUUAAAUUAUUUUUCGCUAAUCCUUUAUCUUGA